CAAUUAAUUUGUGUUGUGCUUAUUUCUCAUUUAAUACAAAAUACAUUUCGUAGAUUUUUGGAAACAGUUUUAUCAAUUUUUAUUGGCAUUUGUUACCAGAAUUAUAUACAUACCUUCAUCAUGAAACGAAGGUUAUAUUUUAUAACCAAGUUUUAUCGUUCUCGUACGCAUUCUUAGCGGUUUUUACACCUUCGAUUUAACUUAUGGCAAAAUUAGAAAUACCCAGUAUCGUAGUCCAAUCAAAUUGUAUCACAAACAUAAAUAUGAAGAAACAGAGCUCGUUAAGAGCUCAACGUACGUUAUCGAAACAAGCAGAAUUCGAUGAAGAGGAACCGAUUAUAAAUAUUUCAUCUUCAUCGGAUUCAUCAAGUAUCAAACAGUCUGAGCAGAAGAUCUCAAUCGCCAAUGACAGCGAUAAUUCGACCACCACCGAUAACGCGAAACAACCCCUCGUUAAUUCCUGCCAUGGUGCCAUGGUUACUGGUGCACAACGAAAUAGGACAAAUAAUAAAUUAAAAUUGCUUGUACGAAGUCAAGCAAUACGAGAAUCUACAUCACCACCACGAGAUCCGAGAACGUGUUCACAACUAUCGUCACCGAUACUGAUACACAGCGUUACCACAUCACCAGAAUUAACAACAAAGACUAUAAAUAAUAACAAUAAAAAUAAUACAAAUUUAAAUAUAAUCACACCGGGUGUAUUCGACGAUGAUGAGGAUGAUGUUCAUUAUGAAGUUACGUCAACAACACAAAUAAUGCAGGAAAAUUUAACAAAACAAUUCGAGCCAUUAAACGAUGACGAUCUUGAAAGUUAUGAAGAUGUUGAAACAUCAACGACAAUCGAUGAUUUAGAUUAUGAUGGAUCAAAUGCUAUGGCGAAAUAUCGAUCUAGUCCGAUUAGUAAUAAUAAUAAUAAUACCUCAAAUAAUAAUAAUAAUAAUAAUAACAAUAAUGGAGUAAGGACAUCAUCAUCUGUUCAAAUAUCAGCGAACAAUCAACGGCAAAAAUUAGAAAUUAGCACAAUUACAAUAUCUUGCCAGAAUUGUACAACGGAAUCAGAUUGUUGUUGCACAAAUGAUAAUAUCAAUGACGAUGAUGAUGACGAUAAUGAUAAUGGAAUAUUAGAAAGAUCUAAUAAUAAUCAUAAUAAUAGUAUUGCGGGCAAUAAUAAUUUAAGUACUACAAAUAAUAAUUACAAUAAUACAUUAACGGUUGUUAACCGUACGAAUAAUUGUAAUAAAAAUAAAUUAAAACAUCAAAAUUCAUCGAGUUUUGAUAGUGCAUUGGCGCCAUCACCAUGCCUCUCAAGAGAUAGCAGCACUGAACAAUAUACAGAUACAACUGGAAUAAAUCUCGGUCAGUUUAUUUUGGAAACACUCAACAGAAAUACCAAAGACAGAAUGUUAUUAUUAAGAAUUGAACAAGAACUAGUCACUCUUGCCAAAGACAAAAGUAAAAGUCAUUACAAAUUUCCACCAAUGUCAAGUUAUCAACGAAUGCUAGUCCAUCGAUGUGCUGCAUUCUUUGGAAUGGAUCAUAAUAUUGAGGCAUCUGGUAAAUGUGUGAUUGUAAAUAAAACACGUAACACGAGACUACCAGAUAUUAAAUUUCGUGAUCACAUUCGAGAUGAUCUCUUAUUUCCGGAAGAACCGCGACGAUCAAUUUUAAAACGAGAUUCCAACAGUUUUGAGGAAUCUUGUUUUAAGAGUCCUGAUCGUCAAUUGUUGAGUAUGGAAAAUCGACGAAGUAAAAGUUUUGAAGAACGUGAAGAGGAAUACGAGAAAGUGAGACGACGAAUAUUUAAUAGAGAGCAAAUGCAUGACUGCAGUUCCCAAGAAGAAUUGGGAUGGGCAGAAAUUCCAUGGUCUAGUACUGAGAGUGAUAAUUCAUCUCGAAUGCGUUUACUUCCACCCGAUCAUCAAACAUAUCGGCCUACAAGGCUACUAAAGGGUCAAUCAGUUGAAACAAGGGAUACUUUACGACCUUGUGUUUCAAAGAGUUUCAGUUUUGGAGGAUAUACUGGAUCUGUGUCACUUUUAUCUCGCGGUGAUAGUGUGACAUCAACUCAUAGUGCUGGAGCAAGACUUCUCACUAAACAAGAUUCAGCAGCAAGUUCUUCAAUGUCGUGGCGAUUAAGUCCAUCGAGUUCAGGAUAUAAAUCGCAAUCUCAAAGGUCUGAUAGUGUAACACCAUCACCUACUGCAACUCCGUACCCAUCAACACAUAUGACGUCUUCAGUUGACGACAAUACAAAUCCGCCAUCAGUAUCUAUGUCUUGGGAUGAGUCAUCAUCACCUCAGGGCCAACCUCAAGUAAAUCAAGGUUCGGUUCAAAAUGAUGGUAGCGUAAUUCAAACGUCACAACAAGAUUAUAAUAAUAGUAAUAAUAAUCAACAAGUUGUUUGGACUUCCUACCAAAAUCAGCAACAAUCACAGAGACAAAUGAUUUGGACAACCAAUCGACAUGCUGCAUCACCCCCAGAGGGUCAUCAAGAUACUCCUGUUCAACCUGCAAAUUCAUCUACAGAUAUGACGCAAACACCCAUUAUGUGGGCAAUUACUGAUUUGAAUAAAGUUCCCAAAGGCAGUUAUAUUAUUAAUUCAGAGACUGGUGCACCAUUUAAGAAUCCAGAUGGUACUGAUUAUUCGUUUGAUCCCAACAACUUACAUCCAGGCCUCGUAGCAUUAGUACAAUCUACGCAAGCAUCGUUAUCACAAACAAACAAUGGAAUAUCACAACAUAAUUCUCAACCGUCAAUCGAACAACAUUCAGGAACAACUUAUUAUAAUCAAAAAAUGAACAUAUCUAAUCACAAAAAUAAUACUCCUAAGCAAAGUUUUCAUAGAACUUCAACAAAACAAAUAAACUCUCAAACUCAGGGUACAACGCGACCUUAUGCGCCACAAACUGUGAACAAUAAUAAUAAACAAUCGCCAUCACCAACAUCCGGUGCUAAUAAUAAUAAUAAUAAACCUGUAGCGCAACAGGGCAACGGAAAAACAAUUGUGAAUUCGAAAAGUGUAUCGCCAGUAAAACAAAGUGGGGGAAAUGUGACUAAUAACGGUAAUAGUAUUAAUAAUAAUAGUAGUAAUAAUACAAAAACAGAAAAUGGUCCACAAUCUCCAAAAAAAGUUACUAAAUACCAACAAAAACCAAACAACACAACCUCUAUAAAACCAACUCCCAAGACAGGAUUUACAAAUACUGCAACAUCACCUAGUUUGCCGUUUACACCACCAAUUCAAGGAGCUACACAAUAUCCUGGAUCACAAGCAGCAAGUUACCAAUAUAUACCAAGUAGCCAAUAUGAGAAUGUUACAAACUUAUCAAUGCAAUCAUUUCCUGUGAAUUAUCAUAGUAAUGUUCCAAUUGGAACAUUUGGAUCGUCAACAAUGGUUCCUAUACAAAAUUCGGGUACUAUGCAAAUGUAUAACGAAGAUUCAACUCCAGUAUAUAAUUAUGGUGUUCCUCAAUAUAAUAGAAUGGAUUCUUCGGUAUCAGAAUUGAGUGGAUAUUUUGUAAAUAUGAAUAUAAAUAAUGAAGUUCCCGGUACACCGACUAAUAACGCCCAACCAAUUACCUACCAAAGUACCAACCCUUACUGGGGACAUCAACCCAUGGUGUGUUACGUUCCUCCACAACCGAAUCCAGCUAAUCAACGGUAUACUGUUCCUCUAGUCCAAGGACAAUCAGGAGGGUACAUACAAACAUAUGUACCUCAACAACCAAGUGGACCGACAACAUACUCCUCGACAGUAACACCGGGAAAUAGUGCACCACAAUCAAACACUGAACUAGUACCAAUCUACCCAACUGGCCCACCACCAUCAAUUGUAUAUGGACAUCCACCUCCGGUCGUCUCAAACAGUACAAAUCUUGCCAUAACAAAUCAUCCACCGCCAACGCAUCCUUCAACCAUUGUAUAUGCGCCAACAAAUCCAACACCAUCAAAUGCAAUAAUGUAUACGCCAACAGCACCACCUCCCCAAAUGUAUGCAACACCGAAUAUUGUGUACACAUCAUCAACAGCUGGUGGUAAUAAUAAUCCACAUUCAAAUUCUACCGUAUAUCCAUCAACAAAUACACCAAAUUCACAAUAUUCAACAAAUUCAAAUUUUCAAAAUUCAGCAUCAUAUAAUACACAUCAACAAUCGCAACAAUCGUCUUCAACAUCCGCGACACCAACAAUUACAGAUAAAACAAACAAUUUUAACCGUCAACAAACUAAAUACAAUUCAUUUAACAAAAACAAUAGUACAUCGUCUACACGUAAUUCAUCAUCGAAUCAUAGCAAUACAACAUCAUCACAUUCAAAUCAAAGUAGUGCCAGUUCAAAUUCACCAGCUAGCACUGUUGUACAAAGUUAUUAUCAUAAUAAUCAAACAAGUGGUGCAGGUAAUGGUGUACAAUUUAAUAGACAUUGUAGUCCAUCGGAAACACCGCCAAGUAAUAUUGCGUAUGGUUAUCAUCAUCAGUUUCAACAAAGUUAUGGGCCGAUGCCACCACCACCGCAUAUAAUAUCCCAUCAAUCAGCUAUGAUUUAUAGAAAUAAUUUUCAAAUGGGAAUUCGAGCCAGUCCACCAAUUAAUUCACGAACAAGCCGAUCGCCAACUCCAGGUGUAGAGCAUUUUGAUCGUAAUACUCGAUAUACAAUGCCACCUCCAGUUUAUCAAAGUGUUCCAUGUAUUAUACCAGGAGAUAUGAGGUUUAUGUCACCUAGACAACAAGCACCUCCAUACAGAAAUGCUUACAGUCGACCAUCAACGUUCCCUCAAACCGUCAAUGACAACACAAAUGUAGGGCGACACUCUAAAGUAAAGAAACCACGAACUAAACCUACUCCACCACUGCCACCUAGCGGGAGAUAAAUUUUUAAUGCACUAAAAAAAUAUCGUUAUAUACUACUUUCAUAAAAAAAAUUCAUUUAAUAUAUAUAUAAAAUGUUGUGCAUCCGCCCAGAAAUAAAAAAAAUCGUGAAAAUAUCUUACACAUUAGUUUUUAAAGUUAGUAGAUAAAAAUUUCGUAGAUAUCCUCCGAAUAAGAUAAAAUAUUCUAAUAAAAAGCCCCCCUUAUAAAGUAAAGUAUCCUCAUUUUAUUGAUACUUUGAGAUCUACCUACAAUAUAAUAUAGAAGAAAAACCUU